UCUAGUCUGCAUCGCUGUUUGGACAGCAUUGUUUUUUAUCCCGUAUUAACCAUUAUUAAAUAAAUACAACGUAAUCCUUGGCAAACGCACAGAUACAAUGGAGAGCACCGACCUGACGGAAGACCUAAUACGACGCCUUGGUGUGGGCGGAGUGCUAGAGGAGGUUAUUCCCGGCAACAUGUUCGAGGAGACGAACAUCUAUGACGACAGCAACGACGUGGAGGCAGAGGCGGAGCCCGAUGACAUAAUCAUAGUGCACAUGGACAUCCGGGAACCGCUCAGCACCCUCAAGAAACUUGUUGAGCGCAAAAUAGGGGUUGGUUUGAAUUACUACUCCUUUUGGCUACAGGAUGCCCAGGAGCUGGAGCCGCACAAGAACCUGGUGGAUCAAUGUGUCAAAGGAGAGGGCUUGGUACAAAUCAAUGUGCAAAUUCAAACCAUACAAAAACGCAUCAACAUUGCGGAUGUCCUGAAGCCUACAGAAGCAGCUUUGGCUGCUCUAGCCACCGAGGAGCCCGUGGGUCAACUCUCACCCCCAGACACGUCUAGCAUAAGGAGCUCUUCCAGCGAGAGUCCCAUUAAAACAGGCAUCAAGCGUAGCUUGUCUGAUGAUGACUUCAUGGAAUCGGGCAAGGACGUGAAGCCUGUAUUGAAUUGGGUUCUGGACAGCAAGUUCAAGCGGGAGCAAGCGCGAUUGAAAAUCCCUGAGGCUGCCAUCGAGUGGACACAGGCCCACGUCACCCACUGGCUGGAAUGGGCUGUUAAACAGUUUGAACUGCGAGGCAUCAACAUGAGCGACUGGAAGAUCAAUGGCCAGGAACUUUGCGCCAUGACCCACGAGGAGUUUACCAAAAAGCUGCCACGUGAUCCGGGCAACGUAUUCUGGACGCAUCUGCAGCUUCUCAAGGAGUGCAACUUUGUUUCAGUGGUACAUAAGCAAGUGGAGGAGCAGCGGAAGCCCAAGCAACCGAAACUGGGAGAUGCAGCCUCGCUGGAACAGCGAAUCAUGCGAAAAUCUCUUCAGAAAGCUGGCGAAGGUAAUGUCAUCACCCCUACGAAAAGUGCUCCCUCUCCCGGAAGCCCCACAAAUUACACCAGCAUUGGAUCGGGAAACAAUGGUCAGGUACAGCUGUGGCAGUUUCUGCUGGAAAUACUCACUGACUGCGAGCACACGGACAUCAUUGAGUGGGUGGGCACCGAGGGCGAGUUUAAGCUGACCGAUCCGGACCUGGUGGCUCGUCUUUGGGGCGAGAAAAAAAACAAACCCGCCAUGAACUACGAAAAACUGUCAAGGGCACUGCGGUACUACUACGACGGAGAUAUGAUCUCCAAGGUGUCUGGCAAGCGAUUCGCCUACAAAUUCGAUUGCGACUUGAAACUACUCAUCGGCUACGACGCCUGCGAGCUGUCCCGGCUGGUGAAUGAGCGCAAGAGGUCGCCCGAACGGAGGGUAUCGAUGGAGGCUAGCAAGGAGGACAACACAUGACAUGUGGAGCUAGUGGUUAAGGUGGAACCCGACAUACUCUGGAAGUACGAGGCACCUUAACGUUGGCUAAUCUGGUCGAAAGACGGCGCCUGGUUAAUAAUACAAACUGUUACGCAUUUUACACUCUUAAGGCACACGAUUUUAUUAUCCAUUUCAUAUUCACUAAGCUUUAUAAUCUCUGUCUAUUUAAGCUAUAGCUAUAAGUAUCGCUUCUCUAAAGCUAAACAUCUUAACUAUUA